AUGGGACAUCCAGGAAGACCAAGACGUCGGAAUAAAGUACCUGUGAUUCAGAAUCAUAUCCGUCAGCCGCCACCACCACAACAGCAUGUCAAACAACCAGUGAAGGAAGAACCAACCAAUUCAUUGCAUGAUGAAUCUGAUUUAAUAUCGUUCAGAAACGAUGCGUUAUCAAAGUUAAUUCAAAACCAAGAGUUGUUGGAAAUUGUAACAUCUAAAUAUAUUCAUACAUCUAAGAUUAAACCACCAUCAUCAUUCCCAGAACAUGCCAAACGACCACAAGAAUUAAAUGAUCAAGAAUUAACAGCUUAUUUGAAAACCUUAGGUCCAGAAGGUACAUAUUUUGGAGAUUAUGAAGUAAUGAAAUUCGUUACUAAGAAAUUGACACAGGAAAGCGAAAACCAACAAGAAGUCAAAGUAGAGUUUUCCGAUGAAUACACUUUCCAAAAGAAUGCUGUUGAAAGAAUUGCAAAAUUAACUGAAGAUUUGAAUGAUGAAGAUUCAUUGAAUAAAUUAGAAGACGAAUAUAAUCAGAUUCUCAAAGAAUAUAAAGAGAAACACAACAAAACCUUGCUUAAUAUACUGGGAUACAAAACAUAUUCAGUUAAAAAUCCCAAUGUCCAAGAAGCUCCUAAAGAUUAUAAUCCCAGAUCGAUAAACUCCAUGAUUAAUAUAAACCAAAACCAACCACAAAAUAAUAUGAAUAAUAUGAAUACCAACAUGAACACAGAAUUCGAUAAUAACUUUAUGUUUCAAAAUAAUAAGAAUUUAGAUGAUAUAAAUAACUUAUUUCAAAGACAAUCGAAUGAUAAUAUGGUGGAUGAUAUGGGAGAUUUAAUAAAUUUUCAAGGAGAUGAAGGAGAUAUCAUUGAAGGUGGAGCUUUUGAUGAAGAUUUCUUAAGUCAAAUAGAUCAUAGUAUGGAAUAA